GUUCCCUCUCGUCGCGGGACAGAUAACAUGAAUUUGCCCUUUAAACGUCCCAGGUGGAGGCACAGCCCCCGGCCCACCCCUGCCUCCCGGAAGCGCCUUCGCCCCCGUUGCCCUCUGGAGAGGUGGGGGCGCCGGGGGGUCCGAGCACCUGCCCAGCCAAUGCGCGGGGCGCGCACGGCCCCGGGGCCCUCCUCCUCUCGCGAGAGGCUGGGCGGGGCAUAUAAGGCGGGUUGCAGGGCGAGACAAGCGGCCCCUUCGCGUUGCGCAGGGACUGAGCAGGGGUGGCCGUGUCAGGCCGGGCAGAGAAAGCGAGAGCGCGGCUCCCGGAGGCGGUGUGCGCCCGGCUGUCACCAUGAGUGAUCAGGCUUGGAGCUUUCUGAAGGACUUCUUGGCUGGCGGCGUCGCCGCUGCCAUCUCCAAGACCGCGGUCGCCCCCAUCGAGAGGGUCAAACUGCUGCUGCAGGUCCAGCAUGCCAGCAAACAGAUCAGUGCUGAGAAGCAGUACAAAGGGAUCAUUGAUUGCGUGGUGAGAAUCCCCAAGGAGCAGGGCUUUCUCUCCUUCUGGAGGGGAAACCUGGCCAACGUGAUCCGUUACUUUCCCACCCAAGCUCUCAACUUCGCCUUCAAGGACAAGUACAAGCAGAUCUUCCUGGGGGGCGUGGACCGGCAUAAGCAGUUCUGGCGCUACUUUGCUGGUAACCUGGCUUCCGGUGGGGCAGCUGGGGCCACCUCCCUCUGCUUUGUCUACCCGCUGGACUUUGCUAGGACCAGGCUGGCUGCCGAUGUGGGCAAGGGUGCCGCCCAGCGUGAGUUCACUGGCCUGGGCAACUGUCUCGCCAAGAUCUUCAAGUCCGAUGGCCUGCGGGGUCUCUACCAGGGUUUCAACGUCUCUGUCCAGGGCAUCAUUAUCUACAGAGCCGCCUACUUUGGAGUCUAUGAUACUGCCAAGGGGAUGCUGCCCGACCCCAAGAAUGUGCACAUUAUCGUAAGCUGGAUGAUUGCCCAGACCGUGACGGCGGUGGCAGGGCUGGUGUCCUACCCCUUUGACACUGUCCGCCGUAGGAUGAUGAUGCAGUCUGGCCGGAAAGGGGCGGAUAUUAUGUACACUGGGACAGUGGACUGCUGGAGGAAGAUAGCAAAAGAUGAAGGACCCAAGGCUUUCUUCAAAGGUGCCUGGUCAAACGUAUUGAGAGGCAUGGGCGGUGCUUUUGUAUUGGUAUUGUAUGAUGAGAUCAAAAAGUAUGUCUAAUGUAAUUAAAACUCAAGUUCCUUGGUUCCAGAUCCAUUGUGUGGUUUAAUAGACUCUUCCUAGGGGAAGUCAAAGGAAAGAUCUGGGAUAAAACCAGACUGAAAGGAAUACCUCAGAAAAAAAAAAAAAUGCUUCACUGAGUGUCCAUUAAACCACAGAUGUAUUUUGUAUUUAUUUUACAUUUAAAUUCCCAUAAUAUAAAGUAACUUAUCAUACUUAUACAAUUAACUGAAGAACUGAUAAUGAAGAAAAUAACUGAAUGUGAAAUGUCAAUAAAGACCACUUAAUGCAUGUUCUCUAUUUUACUGAAUUCUUAUUAACUGCCAAAUGGAUUAAAACAAGACCAUAAAUCU